AAUCUGUUCACACUCUUUAAAAUCGGAAAAACCGCACACAAAUCCUACAAGCGUUAUCAACAGCGCAAGCAACCCAACCAGCCUUUUCCUCAGACCCUACGCUCUACUCCUUGUCACGCAAACUCCAUCCAAACCCCCCAGCGAUCCGGUACCAUGGAGAAGCUUCAGCAACACUCGCACAGCGGUGGCGCUUAUGCCGCCCUCGCCCGCAUCUCUUGGCGCUUCCUCCAAUUCGUCAUGGCCCUUACGGUCAUUGGACUUUAUGGUGUCGACUUGCAAAAUGCCAGCAAAGCGCACAUCCAUGCCGAUGGCAAGUGGGUCUAUGCCGUGGUCCUAGGCGGCAUCUCAUGCCUAAUUACAAUCGUGUAUCUCAUCCCUCAGAUACCGUCAUUGAAACUGGCGCUUUUCGUUGAUUGGGUCGCCUUCAUCUUGUGGCUGGCCCUCUUCGGCCUGUUUGGCAAGAUGUACAUCGGCGAGAAAGUUGAGGGCGACUCCGGGAUCCAGCGCAUGAAGAACGCCGUAUGGGUCGACUUGGUUAAUAUGGUCCUCUGGUUCAUUUCGGCUACGUAUGCCUCGCUGUGGACUUUCUAUAACCGCAGGGGGGUGGACGUCAGUCGCUCUGAAGUCUAAAAACCUUAACCUAAGCAUCGGCUGCAGGCAACUGAUAAAAGGAUGAGGGCCAAUGAGGGGCGACUUCGGACUGGCUUUCACUGAGGGAGCUAGUCGCUGCACUUGAUUUUGUCUAUGUACUUAAUAGCGUUUUCCUUUUUCCUCCUGUAUGCUCACGACACACGAUACGAUACCAUGCUGCAAAGAGAGGACUUUGUUCUCUUUUCUUUUAGCGACCAUAGCGAAGCAUAGCGACUGAAUUGACUUUUUCUUUUGAAUC